GUACAGUUGAUUGACGGACUAAAACCAGCCGUAAUGUUGUUGCUGCCACAUGAAGCUAAAUAGUUAGCCUCGGGUGUUGGUUUGGCGCUGUGUAAACACAGCUGAAGGUGGCUGGCUGCUCAUCGUUUCUCACCGGCGUACUGCGCUAUGGCAGCAAUCAGGAAAAAGCUGGUCAUAGUAGGAGAUGGAGCCUGUGGGAAGACCUGUCUGCUCAUUGUGUUCAGCAAGGACCAGUUUCCAGAGGUCUAUGUGCCAACAGUGUUUGAGAACUACGUUGCUGACAUUGAAGUCGAUAGCAAACAGGUCGAGCUCGCUCUCUGGGAUACAGCAGGUCAAGAGGACUAUGACCGACUGCGCCCGCUCUCCUAUCCAGACACUGAUGUCAUUCUCAUGUGCUUCUCCAUCGACAGCCCCGACAGUCUUGAGAACAUCCCUGAGAAGUGGACUCCUGAGGUGAAACACUUUUGCCCCAAUGUUCCCAUUAUACUGGUGGGAAAUAAAAAGGACUUGCGUAAUGACGAGCACACCCGUAGGGAGCUCGCCAAAAUGAAACAGGAGCCCGUGAAACCAGAGGAUGGACGGGACAUGGCUAACCGGAUCGGUGCCUUUGGAUACAUGGAGUGCUCUGCAAAAACAAAGGAUGGUGUAAGGGAAGUGUUCGAGAUGGCCACCAGGGCUGCACUACAAGCCAGGCGGGGAAAGAAGAACAAUAAAUGUGUCCUACUGUAAACGGGGGCACGAGGACUGCUUCCUACGGGGGGGGAGGAGGAGGAGAAGGAGCUUUAGGUCAAACCUACCCCCAAACACACCCACACAAAAGACUGUUCUCCCCAGUUUUUACUAAAGGUGUAAUGCUUUUACUUUUUUUGUCUUAAGCAAAAGUAGUCAGGUUCUGUCAGUAUUCAAUUUUGAGGUUAUGGAAAAUACUUUUUUGUACUUUAACGCGAGUAAAUUUGCCAUAAUGAAACCUCCUUUAUCAACAUGUACUAUGUAAUGUAAGAGGUCAGCCCAGGGGACCUGUUUUAUCCUACCUGCCAACUACAGUUAAGUGCUUCAGCCCUGCCUGCUGAUCUGAGGAAUGUUUCCACAGCCAACUAGGGUGAAGUACCUGUACACUGUGACCCUUAGUCCUUUAAUUAUUUCAACAGAUGCGCACAUGAAGCUGAAAUUUGUUUGUGUGCUUCAUGUACAAAUCCUACGUGCAUUAUGGUCACAUGCACAAUGAGACUGGAAACUCAUUUUGUUAAAACGCAAAAGGAAACUUAGUGUUUUGUGUAAUAAAUUACUUUGUAAGAAUCUUGA